GCCGGAGCCGCCGCCGCUGCUGCCGCCGCAAUGGCUCAGGAGAAAAUGGAGCUGGACCUGGAGCUGCCACCGGGGAGCGCCGCGGCCCCGAGCGACGGGGGUGGCCUGAGGAGAUCCAACAGCGCCCCCCUCAUCCAUGGGCUUAGUGACAACUCACAGGUUUUUCAGCCUUAUGUGUUGCGAACUCGCAGGAACAGUACAACAGUUAUGAGCCGGCACAGUAUGUUGCUGUCAUCGUCUCCUAUUCGUAUUCCGAGUAGCCGACUUCAUCAGAUCCGAAGGGAGGAAGGAGUGGACUUAAUGAACAGAGAAACGGCACAUGAAAGGGAAGUGCAAACAGCAAUGCAGAUAAGCCAGUCAUGGGAGGAAAGCUUGAGCCUGAGCGACAAUGACUUGGACAAGUCUGAGAAAUCUUCCUCCCCUAAGAGAAUAGACUUCAUUCCAGUUUCACCUGCACCUUCACCUACAAGAGGAAUAGGAAAGCAAUGUUUUUCACCAUCAUUGCAAAUGUUUGUGAGCAGUAAUGGAUUACCUCCAAGUCCUAUUCCCAGUCCAACAAGGCGGUUCUCCAACAGGAGGAGUCAAAGUCCAAUCAACUGUAUCAGGCCCAGUGUUCUUGGCCCCAUUAAAAGAAAAGGUGAAAUGGAAACUGAAAGUCAGCCAAAGAGACUUUUUCAAGGGACAACCAACAUGCUUUCUCCAGAUGUUACACAUCUGACAGAUCUCAGUUCAUGCCUGUCUUCAGAUAUCCUGGAUGGGAGCAGCAGCAGUGUUGGCUCUUCCUCUGACUCACUGACUAAAGGCAGCAUAACCACAGAGUCUCCAGUAGCAUGCUCAAACUCAUGCUCUUCCUUCAUUUUGAUGGAUGAUCUCUCACCUAAGUGACUUAAGUUCUGAGUCGGUGUCUGGUUGUGCUGUUCCCUCCCUGUACACUUGUACAGAGAAACGAACUCUGAUCCUUGAACCGUUAGAUUAGUAAAAAAGGAAGAGCUACUCUAACUGUAAUCCUUGGUGACUUUCCAGUGAUCAAUUUAUCCAUUUAAUGGACAUUGUAGACCAUAUAUUAAUGUCUGGUUUUUGCAAAUUGACUUUGUUUCGUUUUUCAACGAGAUGUCUGCUCAGAUGAUACUAACUUUUGUUUGCUUCCAGGAACUUGCAUCCACUUUUUGAUUCCAGGAAUAGGUACCUACCUAUUAGUGUUGCAAUUCUUAGGAAAAUACUUCUAUUGUUAUCAUGGUCACUAUGUCUAGGGAAAUAAUUUGGUUCAGAAAGAUUUAAAAAUACUAAUUUAUUCUCUGGCACUUCUACCAUUGAGUAAAAACUAUUCUCCUUGGGGUUUUUUUUGUUUGUUUGUUAGUUUGGUUUUGGGGGUUUUUGGUUUGUUCUUGGUUUUGUUUCUGUUUGUUUUGUUUUAGUUUUCAGUCACCAGCCUCAAAUUCUCUUAUGGAAGGGAGAAAAAAAAGAGGAAAAAAAAAAGACUUUUUUUUUUUUUUUCCUUAGUGCUGCUAGUCAUUUUUAUUACAGAAGACCACAGUGGGUAUGGGAAUCUCACUCUAUUACAUUAAAAACACCCCAACCAACCAAACCAAACUAACUAAUGACUGGCAUUUUGGCCAUCAUUGAAGAAAUACCAAUCAUCUAUGAACGUGACUCACAGAGCUGCAUAGUUCUCUCCCCAGAUCCUUUACCCUACAGAUUGUAUAUGA